AUGUUCCCUCUUUGCUCCGUUCCAUCACUCAAUUCGAUCAGUAGCAACAAACUUCGCCGUAGCAUUCCGUACGGAUGGCGCCCGGACUGGUCUCGUCCUACCGAAUGGGAACCGCCGCCACAGCUUCUUCACACACUUCCACCAGAACAUCGAGCUUAUGGAUAUAUGGACAUGGCGAACCAUAUCGAGAUGAAACCUCUAAUUCUAAAACCGAUAGCACGGGAAAUGCCGGCGAACAAGCCGUUCAGAUGUCAGCUAUGCGGUAAAUCGUUCUCACAAGCAGCGAAUUUGACUGCACACAAACGGGUACAUACUGGUGAGGAAUUUUGA